AUGUCGCCUGUUCAAGUUCUAACCCGUCUCGCCCAAGAGUCACAAGAAAGACAAGAAGGGCUGGAACCAAAACCCAGAGCCUGUCUCUCAAGCAAAGGGUCUCGCCCAGCCUCCCCUAGUGCCCAAGUGUCAUCAGUCACCGCCAAAGCACAAGCCCAACCUCAAGGCCAGAACCCAGCCCGGCAAGGCAGAGAAGACAUUGUAGGGCACGCGCAACAACUUCCGGAAGCCCCAGGCGUGCCAACCACAUCUGGCUUCGGCAACAAGGCAGUCAAACGGUCCACCAAAAUAGGUCGCCACUCGGUGCAGGGAUGUUGGCAGCACGGAACAGACAAGGACCAGGCUAGUGAGGAUCAGGAUCAGAAUCAGGGCACCCACGCACCAGACCAGCGGCAGCUGCAGAUCCCGCAUUUUGGUGUUGGGUUCGGUCAAGGAGAGAGACAAGCUUCCGUCACGGAUAGUCCCAGACAAGAAUCAGUCGACUCAUUCACAGCCCAAGAGCGCGAGGAGGAAAACCCAUCGUCAAUAGACGAAAGAUUAGCACAGUCCUCGCCUGGCCUCGAACGUCCGGGUCAUCCCAGCUUGUACUAUCUUGGCUUGCCGCAAAAUCAGAACCAUCUCCACCACGAGCAUCACCGCGCCCAACAAUAUCAGGGUUUUACAGGUGACGACCCAUCAAUAUCAACUCACCAGCAACCUCAACCUCUCAGCUUUGGCCAGCAUCAGCAUCAGCAUCAGCAUCACCAACCUCCUGCAUGUUCCUCGCCACCACUGCAUUUUUCUUUCCCCUUUCCUUCACCACCAGCAUCAGCACCACCACCGACAUCUGUCUUCGGACUGGCUCCUCCUCCACCUCCUCCUGCAACUCCACCAAGGCCACCAUCGAGGCGACGCUUCCAACCAACGACGUCUCGCCGUCAGCAGAAUUUGUCCCACUGCCGUUCCAAUUCAAACCUGGGCUCAAGCUCAAGUAACGGUGCCAGUGCCAACCGACGUCUGCUGGCCUCACGUUCUCCUGCAAGUCACUCUGCCAGUGGGAAAACCCCUCGUCAGCGCCUAGCACCACUGCCUCCGCAGCCAAUAGAUUCUACAGCCCCACAGGAUACGCCCACCGCCCACCACCGCCAUUCGCCUUUUCUUCCUUCUCAUCCUCACCCUCCUGCUUCUUCUCUUUCUGCCCGUUCUACCCUCUCAGCUCUCUCCACGUCGUCUCCCUCUUCCCCCAUACUCGGGUCUAUCUCCUCUUCUCCCGCUCUUCCUUCGACCUUCUCUCCCCUCUCUUCUUCUUCUUCCUCAUCUUACCAGACUUGUUCAUCGGCCAUAUACUCCCCACACAUCAAUAUGUCGAGAUCAUCCCGAAACCCUGCCCCAGCCGCUGCCGGUACUGGACGUCAAAACGAAUACUUUGUUCCUCGAGAUGGCAUCGACCGUGAAGUCAUCUCUGCCGAUAUUUGCCGUUACUUGGGCAACGACGCUCUCGUCCGUCCCGGCCACUACGAGAACCCCCAGACAGGCCAAGCCGUGCAAGGCUACUACAUCACGGCCUACAGGAAUCUAACAACUGCCAUGAUUGAGGACCUGAAAGCAGACUCUGCACGAUGGGACAGUGAAAGGCGUGCGCAGACCUCACGCAACACCUCCGGAGGUACUAUUGCCUCGAGAAACGUUGGCGUACCGCCGAGACACUCAUCUAACUCACCUGUAGUGCAAUACCGCUACUCGGAGACGCAUCAGUCGCGUCAGCAUCAUGGUCCUACCGAGGGCCCUUACGCCACCGAUCCUUACGCUCGUGACUCCGGCUUUGACGGAGGACCCAGAUAUCCCGGAACAGGUGCUCCCGGUUACACUGGUGCUGCCGGUUCAUAUAGCCAAUCUUAUGGCGGCUCAAGUAGUGGGUUUGCCGGUUAUGCCCAAGCCCAGCAAUCCCCUCCCCCAGCGGAUGCCAGAUUCAGCUCCACUCCUGCAGCUGCCGUCAUGAACACACCUUACACGGCUGGCCAAAGCCCUUACGUGGACGUUGGAACAAACCAAAGGCCCAGAGGAUACGAUGCUUAUGCUAACCAGGCUGCCGCCGCCGCCGCCGCCGCCGCCGCCGCUCAACAGCAGGCUUAUGCCACUUCUGCACCUUCGCAACCCGGUUAUCCGGCCACUGCUGCUUACCAAUACUCAGGUCAGGCUCCUCCUACGGGCUACACAAUGCAGCCCCAGGACCCCUUUUAUGGUCGUGGUGCGUACAGUGGAGGGCCCGAUGGGCAAGUUUUGGCGCCUCCAGCAACCGACGUAGUGACCGAGAGAGCGACAGGCACAGCUCCGACCGUCACCACCGCUCCAACCGCCGGUAAAAGUGGGAGCCUUGCCUGGAUUGACGACCUCAUCGACUUCGCACUUUAUUGCCACGCGGAUGAGACCAUGCUGCAUACGUUUUAUACUGGGACACGGCGCUGA